GCUGGUUUCAUCCCAACCUAUUUGUUUGGUUGUACUUAAUUACGUAGGUUGUUUUUUUAUGGGCCGAUCUUCCCCUCCCCCUCCCCCUCCCUUCCCUCCUCUUCCCAGUUCACCCCGCGCUAAUAACAGCUUCCUUCCCCCCCUCCAUCUUCUUCCUUUUCCUCUUCCCUCAUUCUUCACUCUUUUCUACUAGAACUACUACUCCUGCUCCUCUCAGUCCAUCUUACCUGUGAUACCCUUUGAUUUCUCGCUGUUCAUCAUGACUGCCGCCGCCAUUAAGGAGACCGUCUCCAACCUUUUCCACAGCCAGCCCGAGAACGCUCUUCGGGAGCCAUCGCCCGAAGAAUUCCAGCAGCUCAGACAGAAGUACAUUGAUGCCAAACAAGAACACGUUUUCGCCUUCGUCGAUGAAUUGAAGUCCGCGGAGAAGACCCAGCUUUUUCACCAAUUGAGCAAUUUCGACCCCAACCGCAUCAAUGAGUUGGCCGACAAGGCCUUGAACCCGCCAAAGGCCCAGGAAGGUCCUGCCUCGCUGGAACCCCUCCCUGAUGUGGCUACCGCCUCCAUCCUGGAUUCGGACCCUAGCGACAUCCAGAGAUGGUAUGAGGAAGGACUGCAGUUGACUGCGGACAACAAGGUGGCUGUGGUCCUCAUGGCUGGUGGGCAGGGAACGCGCCUGGGUAGCUCAGCUCCUAAGGGCUGUUUCGACAUCGGCCUUCCAAGCCACAAGUCUCUCUUCCAGAUUCAGGCGGAGCGCAUCGUCAAGUUGCAGCUUUUGGCCAAAAAGGUGACCGGGAAGGACGCUGCCAUCCCAUGGUAUGUGAUGACCAGUGGUCCCACUCGCAAACCGACGGAGGAAUUCUUCCGCCAGCACAACUACUUUGGGUUGGACAAGAGCAAUGUGGUCAUUUUUGAGCAGGGCGUCUUGCCUUGUAUCUCCAACGAAGGCAAGAUCCUGAUGGAGAGCAAAUCCAAGGCAGCCGUGGCUCCCGAUGGCAACGGUGGUAUUUAUCUGGCCCUUAUCACCUCCGGCGUCAGAGAGGAUAUGCGCAAGCGUGGAAUCGAGCACAUUCACACAUACUGUGUCGAUAACUGCCUCGUCAAGGUUGCUGACCCCGUUUUCAUCGGUUUCGCCGCCUCGAAGAAGGUUGAUAUCGCCACCAAGGUAGUCCGGAAGCGCAAUGCUACUGAGUCCGUGGGCUUGAUUCUUCAGAAGAAUGGCAAGCCCGACGUCGUCGAGUACUCCGAAAUCGAUAAGGAGACAGCUGAGGCCAAAGACCCUAAGCAACCCGACGUCCUCAAGUUCCGUGCGGCGAACAUUGUCAACCACUACUACUCGUUCCGUUUCUUCGAAUCGAUUGAGACAUGGAGCCACAAGCUGCCUCAUCACGUGGCCCGCAAAAAGAUUCCCUGCAUCAUCACCGAGACUGGCGAGUUCUUCAAGCCGGAAAAGCCCAACGGCGUCAAGCUCGAGCAAUUUGUCUUCGACGUCUUCCCCCUGACGCCACUGGAGAAGUUUGCAUGCAUCGAAGUGCGCCGCGAGGACGAAUUCUCGCCACUGAAGAACGCUCGGGGCACCGGCGAAGAUGACCCAGACACCAGCAAGGCGGACAUCAUGAACCAGGGACAGCGUUGGAUUGAGAAGGCGGGUGGUGUUGUCGUCACUGAGGGCGAAGCAGUUGGUGUUGAAGUCUCCCCACUGAUCAGCUACGGCGGUGAGGGGCUGGAAUUCCUCAAAGGCCGUGAGAUCAAAGCCCCGGCAGUUAUCGAGAAGGAGGAGUGA